UCACCUUCGAAAAGAAGCGUAGAAAUACAAUAUUUUCUUUAAAAUCAUUGUAGUGAGUAGGUAAUCUUUGAAUGAUAGAGAGAAUAUUCUGCUCCUGCUCAGUUCCUAUUGAUAACGGAGUUAUGGUUUGUAGUCCAUGCCCUUCCCAAAGAACGCAUCUUUAUAUUGGUGUGCUGAUUUUAAAAAUCAGUUCUGUGGCAAUUUGGUACGACUGGCAAACUUUUCCUCUUUAUAAAUAUAAUAUAGAAGAAAGUAUACAAAUAAAGAACAAAUGUUGUAUACUUAUAGACAAAAGUAAACCACGACUUUAUAUUUAUUUUUCAGGGCUUUAAAUAACCUGCAAUUACUCCGCUUUUUCUCCUAAUCGUCAUCAGUAAUAAUACCACAUUGAUGCAUUUACUACUAAGGCAGAGGCAGAGGAUCAGCUACGACUGGUAAGCGGCCAAGAGCGUAAGUAGACGUUGCAUCAAGUUGCAUGAUGGGUAAGUUAAAACCUGCAGGGUCAGCGGGAUUGUCCGAAAGGAGCAUGAGUGAGAAAAAGUCUGACACUUCCUUCACGUAACCCAAAGCGGGAGGAGUCAUUUGGUGGAUACAAACCCUACCGGCGAGCCGCCGACGUAAUGCGGAUUCUGCUAAUGGAAGCCAAAUAUUAAAAUUUAAUAAUUGCUUCUAAAAACGUCAGUAUUCCGACAAAAAUGGACGUAUAUGACUGGCUGGGUUGCGAGUUGAAUAAAGGUAUUUUUUACAGGAAAAGAAGGAAUCGGAGGUACGAAAAAUGGGGGCCAUGUGCUUGAUCUCUACUCUGUGAGUUGGAUUGCCUUCCCAUCGGGCUAUGACAGUGAGGGAACAGAGACUGGUGUCUUGCGACGACGUUAGGGGUUAGGACUGUUUACAUUAUUUUUCUUAAUCUUUAACAGAAGUGGCAGUACCGAAAACCCACUCGACACUAGAAAAAUGAAAAUGAUUUAUAAAUUCUACGGAACCAUGCAAAUUAUACUACUAGUGUUUGAUUCACAGUUUCGCAGUAGUAUAUAACUGAUGUACCAGUAUUUUCCAAGCUAAUCUCUGAGCCAAAUUAGUCGCUGCACAGACGGUAGUUCGGUACAUUUAUUCAAACAAUGGAAAUGAGAGUGUUUUUUAUUUUGACUUUCUUAACCACCGCUCAGUGCAAAUGUUAGUUCACAUUUUUAAUACCGCUAAUCUAAUUCGAACAGUUUUACGCGAAACUGCUAUCUUCGUCAUGUAAACAAAUUCGUGCCUUUGUUGAUGGUCACAACUCGAGAAGGCUGCUGUUAGCCCAAGGGAAGGUACCAGGUCAGCCAGCCGCCCGGGAUAUGAAAAGUGUGGUUUGGGAUCGGGAACUACGUGAAAAAGCGGCUAACUGGGCGAAAAAAAAUAUUGAUAGCCAUAACCCGGAUGAAAGUAUUCCAUCGGGCAGAUUUUUUACGGGGGAAAAUUUGUAUUGGUACUCUACAACUGAUAGUAAAUACAAUCUCAAUCCGGACAUGGCAUUAGAGUCUUGGUUUAGCGAGCAUGUUAACUUUACCCAUGGUCCACUUCGGAAAAGUCACUUCGAUAAGUCGAAAAGUCAUAAGAUUGGCCAUUACACUCAGAUGGCAUGGUCUAACAGCGUCUACAUCGGCUGCGCGAUAUUGCAAACAAAGAAAGGCGAAUGGAACAACUUUUAUGUAGUCUGCAACUAUGGACCAAAUGGAAACAACCUCGGGGAAGAACCGUACAAGACUAGUGGUGGCUCCAGUGGAAAAUUGACAUGCGGCGCCAAAGACUGCAGUGAUCCUUAUGGAAGUAAAUGUAAAAAGACAAAGACGUGAAAAAUAUACAUUUAUAAAACACAAUCAAUAAAAGAUUCAUGGUAAAAUUGUUGUUUAAUUUUGUUUUUUGGACCUCAGUAUUUUAGGACAUUUUAUAUCAACGUGUUUGAUGAGAUGAAACGAUGAAACGUUCCGAACUCGAGGCAAAUUCGAUUAACUCAUCGGCAGUUGUAAAUAGCGGAAUUGGGGCCCCAGAGGUAUCGCGAAAUAACGCAGAGCAGAGAGCGAUGUCUUCUAAUAACAAAUUACAGUCAAACAAGAUCACAGUACUGACAGUACAGAGGCUGCAGAGGGAUCUCCAGGCUCAGCUCAGGGACGAAACCCGUGCAAGAAGGUUGCAUGAAGAAUAUGGAUGUGCUGCGGGUCCGAUGUCCGUAUUGGACAACUUGGACAAGCAUUUACGAGAUUCAUAAUUGCUGCUUUGAUUGUUCGAAAUGUCAGCACCUUUGGGCCUCAAGGAUUUCUUCAUUUCAACUUUCUUUACUAUCAUAUAAGUAAAAAGCUGGUUCACGUUAUCAAUACUACUAAUCGAUGUUAGAUUUUCGACCGGUUUUUAUAAUGAAACAAUCGAACGUGAUGGAUAAUUGAUUGGAUUUUGAUUUACUUAAUUGUCUUUUAUUAAUUACUUGCUGUUGCCAGGGGCUCUACCCGCUACAAUUCAAAUCAUCCCACGGGAAUAAAAAUCAGCACUAAAACUUUCUACGUUAUAAACUAUGUGUGUACGAUUUUUUUGCCCAAUCCGGUUUUUAGCUGAAAGAGUAGGUAAAAAACAGCCGUUCAUACCUAGAAACUUUCACGUUUAGAAUAUUAGCAGGGUGUUAUUUUUUGUAUGUAAAUCUGUCGUCACCUUUUUCUAUGGAAAAAGGCUUUUGCUCAGCAGUGGGACGUCAAGAAACUAUAUUAUUUAUUAUGUUAUGAUACAGAAAUGAACACAUCAACGAAAUCAGGGAAUAAGUAUUUUGAAUUUGUAGCAUUAUUAGUACACUAGUCUCAAUUUGCAUGUAAUGAAUUUGUAACUAAACUACAAAACUAAUCUCAAUAUUUAAUAUUUUUGACUGCACAGGUAGCCGCAGGUUGAGGUCACGGUAAACCCGCCGCUUUACGCGACGUGUCGCGGGUUUGAUCCCCGCGUAGGACAGCAUUUGUGUGCUCCACGAACGUUGUUCCGAGUCUGGAUGUCUUUAUACAUGUGAAUUGUAUGUUUGUGAAACAGCCC